AGGAAGAAACGAAACUGAAAGCCUGCGCCGCCGGUUCCCCGAGGCUGCACUCCGCUGCGCCCUCACUGCCUCCUGUCGCCAUGGACCUGUACCGCACCGCGGCGCUGGCCCUGGACGCGCUGGUGGCGCGCGACCUGCAGCCGCAGCCCGAGUUCGUGGGGGCCGCGCGGCGCGCUCUGGGGACCCUGGACGCCGCCCUCCGGGAGCGCAGGGGCCGCCAGGGGCCGAAGGUGCUGAAGACAGCCAGGGGAGGCUCCUUCGGCCGGGGCACGGCUCUCCGGGACGGCUGUGACUCUGAAAGUGUCGUCUUCCUUGACUGCUUUGAGAGCUUCCAGGACCUGAGGGCCCGCCGCGUGGCGGUCCUGGAGGACACGCGGCCCCUGCUGGAGGCCUGGCAGCAGGACCCCGGCCCGGGUCUCAGUGUUCAGCUCCCUGCUCAAUGCUCACCCGGGGUCCUGCAGUUCCGACUGGUGUCCGAAGACCUUGAGAACUGGAUGGAUGUCACCCUGGUGCCCGCCUUUGACGUCCUGGGCCAGCUCAACUCAGGGGCCAAACCCAAACCCCAAGUCUACAGAACCCUCCUCAGCAGCGGCUGCCAGGGGGGCGAGCACGCCGCCUGCUUCGCGGAGCUGCGCAGGAGCUUCGUGAACACGCGCCCGGCCAAACUCAAGAGCCUGAUCCUGCUCGUGAAGCACUGGUACCGCCAGGUGUCCUCACAGGAGGCCGGGAGGAGCGCGCUGCCCCCCGUCUACGCCCUGGAGCUGCUCACCAUCUUCGCCUGGGAGCAGGGCUGCAGGAACCCCAAUUUCAGCCUGGCCCAAGGCCUCCGCACCGUCCUGGGCCUGAUUGAGCAGUACCAGCAGCUGUGUGUUUUCUGGACCGACAACUACAGCUUGGAGGACCCUGUAAUUGGGAAGUCCUUGCGGCAGCAGCUUGAGAGACCCAGGCCUGUGAUCCUGGACCCGGCUGACCCCACAUGGGAUGUGGGCAGCGGAGCAGCCUGGCGGUGGGAUGUGUUGGCCCGGGAGGCCGCGUCCUGCUAUGACAACCCCUGUUUUACGCAGGCGACGGGGGACCCUGUGCAGCCCUGGGACGGGCUGGACCUUCCGCAUGCUGGGAGUGCAGCUGUGAGCCACCCCAACCAUGGAGACCUGCCCCAGGAAAUCCCUGAGCACAGCAGGAGGCACAAUACCAAGCCCCCGAGGGCAAAGAACAAGCAACCACCUCCUGCCAGUGCCUCCCCCUGGGUGCCGGGCACGGCCCCAGAUCUGUCGCGGGUCUCCCCCAAGGAGCUGGACCGCUUCAUCCAGGACCACCUGAAGCCCAGCCGCGAGUUCCAGGAGCAGGUGAAAAGGGGCGUGGACGGCAUCCUGAGCUGCCUCCGGGAGCGCUGCACCCACAAGGUCUCCAGGAUCUGCAAGGGCGGCUCCUUUGGCAGGGGCACCGACCUGAGGGGUGACUGUGAUGCUGAGCUGGUCAUUUUCUUCAAUGACCUCACGGGCUUCAGGGGUCAGGGGCCCCGCUGUGUGGAGAUCCUGGACGACAUGCGGGCCCAGCUGAAAUCCCAGUGGCAGGACCCAGUCCCUGGUCUCAGCCUCAAGUUUCCUGAGCAGAAGGUGCCUGGUGCGCUGCGGUGCCAGCUCGUGUCUGCAGCUUUAGGAAGCCCCGUGGAUGUCAGCCUGCUGCCCACCUACGAUGCCGUGGGGCAGCUCACUUCUGGCGCCAAACCCAAGCCCCAGGUCUACCUGGCCCUCCUCAGCAGCGGUUGCCAGGGGGGCGAGCACGCCGCCUGCUUCGCAGAGCUGCGCAGGAGCUUCGUGAACACGCGCCCGGCCAAACUCAAGAGCCUGAUCCUGCUCGUGAAGCACUGGUACCGCCAGGUUGCAGUUCAGAACACAGGUGCCUCUCUGCCCCCUGCCUACGCGCUGGAGCUCCUGACCAUCUUUGCCUGGGAGCAGGGCUGUGGGAAGGACAGUUUCAGCAUGGCCCAAGGCCUCCGAACCGUCCUGGGGCUUGUCCAGCAGCAUGGGCAGCUCUGUGUCUACUGGACACUCAACUACGGCAUUGAGGAGCCAGCUCUGAGAAUGCAUCUUCUGGACCAGCUUCGGAAAACUAGGCCUCUAGUCCUGGACCCGGCUGACCCCACCUGGAAUGUGGGCCAGGGCAGCUGGCAGCUGUUGGCCCGGGAAGCCACAGCCUUGGAGAAACAGAUCUGCCACAUGAGUGGGGCCGGGACAGCGGUGGAGCCCUGGGAUGUCAUGCCCGCGCUCCUGCACCAGACGCCUGCCAGAGACCUGGACAGGUUCAUCAGCGACUUCCUCCAGCCCAACCGCCAGUUCCUGGCGCAGGUGAACAAGGCGGUGGACACCAUCUGCUCGUUCCUAAGGGAGAAUUGCUUCCGGGACUCACCCAUCAGGGUGCUCAAGGUGGUCAAGGGUGGUUCCUCGGCCAAGGGCACAGCGCUGCGAGGCCGCUCAGACGCCGACAUCGUGGUUUUCCUCAGCUGCUUCCGCCACUUCACUGAGCAGGGCAUCAAGCGGGCCGAAGUCAUCUCGGAGAUCCGCACCCAGCUGGAGGCCUGUCAGCGGAAGCAGCAGUUUGAGGUCAAAUUUGAGAUCUGCAAGUGGGAUAACCCUCGAGUACUGAGCUUCACGCUGACCUCCCACACGCUGCUGGACCAGAGUGUGGACUUCGACGUGCUGCCAGCCUUCGACGCCCUCGGCCACCUGGUGUCCGGCUCCAGGCCUGAAUCCCGCAUCUACGCGGACCUCAUCCGCAGCUACAGUGUCCCUGGCGAGUUCUCCACCUGCUUCACGGAGCUCCAGCGCGACUUCAUCGUUUCGCGGCCCACCAAGCUGAAGAGCCUGAUCCGGCUGGUCAAGCACUGGUACCAGGAGGUCCAGAGCAAGAAGAUGCCCAAGGGCCGGGGUUCCCUGCCCCCCCAGCACGGGCUGGAGCUCCUCACCGUGUAUGCCUGGGAGCAGGGCGGGCGGGACCCCCAGUUCAGCAUGGCCCAGGGCUUCCGCACCGUCCUGGAGCUGGUCACCCAGUACCGCCAGCUCUGCGUCUACUGGACCGUCAACUACAGCGCAGAGGACAAGAUUGUGGGAGAAUUCUUGGAGCGGCAGCUUCAAAAGCCCAGGCCCAUCAUCCUGGACCCUGCUGACCCGACAGGGAACCUGGGCCUCAAUGCCCGCUGGGACCUGCUCGCCCAGGAAGCAGCAGCCUGUGCAAAGGCCCUGUGCUGCAUGGGCAUAGACGGUGCCCCUAUCCAGCCAUGGCCUGUGAGGGCCGCCAUGUGAGGUCCAGGAAGUCAGAAGUCACCUUGUGUGGACGGAGAAUGGACGGCAACCCUUGGCGAGGGGAGGCCCAGGACGCCCUCCAGCUGUGCCCGUGUGUGUGCACGUGUGUGUCCACACCACCCUCCCCAGCUCAGCACCACCUUGUUGCAGACAGGCUCUGCCUGCCCCUCCCUCUCCCCAUCUGACUCUGCAGGAGGAGAAGCGGCCAUUCUGUGAUCCGUUAGCAAUGUCUGCCUAGAUGCAGAAUAGGGAAGUGGCCACAUAUGGCUUCUUGUCUGUCCCUGCCCUGCAAUGUGUGCCUGGGCACUGGGCAUCCCUAAGCCCCAGGCCUGGCCGCCGCAUUUCCAGCUUACCCACCAUCCCUGGGCUCUCUCCUACCUGUGCUGCUGCAUAGAGUGCCUCCCUCCUCCCGACAAUCUGUCUGUCCUAGUGGCUUCUGCUUUUCCCAAAUCCGAGCACUUUUAUCAGGAAUGGCAAAGCGUCUCUACCCAUUUGUCAGCCACAAUUAGUGACACAGGUUGCCUGGAGCUCUGUGUUCUUAAGGAUUCUCUAGAAAGACCUUUGGCUUAGAAGAACAACCAAAUCAGCUAGUGAUGUCUGCCCUGGACGGAGCAUAAGAACCUGGGAUACAAGUGCUAUGCUUGAUUUGCAUUUUCUGAACUGGACACAAAAGAUCUCACUGGCCAGUACGUGCCAGGGCCAUCAAGGUCCCAGAGCUCAGAUGCCUGGAGCAGAGCAUGAUGGGAUUGGCUGACUGUGUCUGCUGCAGAUGGACAUUAUGAGGACUUUCUCCACAUAACUUGUCCCCUAGUGUACACUCUUUGUGCCACAGCCUUUUGUUUUGUUUUGUUUUUUGGUGGCACUGGGAUUUGAACCCAGGCCCUUGGCACUGAGCUACAUCUUCAGCCCUUUUGAUUUUUUUUGAGUCAGGUUCUUCUAAUUGCCCAGCCUGGACUUGAGCUUGUGGGCCUCCUGCCUCCACCUCCCAGAGUGCUGGGAUUAUGGGUGGGCACCCCCACACCCUAAUUUGCUGGAAUGUCACCACUCAGCUUCUGUCCCCCUGAGCUGUUCAAAGCCCAGUCACGAGUGCUGAGCUGGCUCCUCUCUGCAGAUCCACUGGGCAGACCCAUCAGGUCCAGGCAGGGGCCGCCUCUGGUCUCAUACCCAACAACAGUGUCCUCAGUAGCCAGGGUUUUGCCCAGGACACAGAAAGCACUGGACACAGGAAAGGGUUUUACCAGGGGCACAGAAGGCAGCAGCCACUGCUGGGCUGGUUCAAAUAUUAGGCCACUAGAGCCUAAUCAGAGGCCACGGUGCUGCUGCCGCUGCCACCACACCUCACAGUGGACAGUGCUGGGGCCGGUGCUCCAUUCCUUUUCAUUGCCAAGUAAUAUUCCAUUGUGUGGCCAGACCAGCACUGGCUAUCUGUUCACCCACUGGUGGGCACGUAGGCUGCACACUGGGGGCACUCCCCAGUGACUUUUCCCAGUGGGCUUCCCAAGAACUCAUCCCUGAUAACCAAUAAAAGAUGUAAUCCCAGACUGGGAGAAAAUGCACUGUACCAGCUGGUGGAAUUCCUACACAAGGUUGCAUUCGCCUCACCUAUGAUAAGGUCAGGGUGGAUGCCUGGGUUUGGAUGCGUGCUCUGUGUUUGUGUAACAAGGCAUCCUGUCCUCAGGGGACAUAGGCUGACACAUUUCAGAGUACGGGGACCUGGAAUGAUCCGCACCAUGCAUUCAGAAGUCUCAUCAGUGCAGCUCGUGGGAAGGUUAAGGGGCGGACGUGAGCUAUUCGGGCUCCAGAAGAAUGUGAGGGCUUCUCUGUCAUCACUGUACACAUUUCUUGCCAUGUUGAAUCAUUUUAAAAUAAAAUGUUUUUUAAAGAACACAUAA